AUCAUCAAUCUUGGUCGACCGCGCCUAAAUAAAUUUGCUCAAGGUUGUAGUUUCGGUAGCACAGCUCUCCUCUUCUUCUCCCUGUUUCCGCCAUUGACGAUUGAUCCAUGGCUCCUUUCCAUAGGGAACGAGGUGGCCUCAUAGGAUAUAGCGAGGUGGGGACGAACGGUAGAACCAGACCAACGGCAGCCAUGGAGAUGUCUCCGGCAAUCUGGAGCCGGCUACCAGACGACCUCCUCGAUCGCAUCCUCGCCCUUCUCCCCCUCCACUCCCUCCUCUCCCUCCGCUCCACCUGCAAACGCUUCCGCUCCCUCCUCCUCUCUCCCUCCUUCAUCUCUCAACUCAAAUCCAACAGCCAGCGCCCCACGGCUUACUUCCUCCUCUCCCACCCCCAAUUUUCUCACAGCUUCCUUCCACUUUACGACUCUGCUGUCGAUUCAUGGCGCAAGCUUCCCAUCUCUAUAUCCACUUCUUCCUCCUUCCAGCUCCUUUCAUCUUCUUCCGGCCUCUUAUGCUUCUCUAUCUCGCAUCCUUGUUCUUCUUUUUCUUCUCUUCUUGUCUACAAUCUCGUCACUCUGUCCUCAAAGAUCAUCGCCUCUCCCAAUAAAUCUUCCUGCCCUGCAAUCUUAAUCUCCUACCCUUCCCCAUCCCCUCACGGCUACAAGAUCUAUCUCCCCAGCUCCUCAUCCGCUUCCUUCUUUCUAUACAACUCCGAUUGCAGCUCUUGGACACGCUUUCCCCUUCUCGAACCACUGCUCGCUCUCACCAAUACGCAUCAAGAUCCCGUCUUUUUCAACGAUUUUCUCUAUUUCACCACCCCGGAGCCGUUCUCCGUCGUCGGAUUCGAUUUAAACGCUGGAAAGUGGGGAACUGAGGUGGCUCCCGAUUUGCCGCCGGAGCUAGCGUUCGUCCGGCUGGUGAGCAGCGACGAAGGGAAGAGGUUGUUUCUCGUUGGUGGCGUGGGAAGGGAUGGAAUAUCGAGGAGUUUGAAGGUGUGGGAGAUGGUGGGGACGGAGCAUUGUCGGUGGGAAGAGGUGGGGAGGUUGCCGGAGAUGAUGUGCCGGAAGUUCGUGUCCGUGUGCUAUCAUAAUUACUCUCAUGUGUACUGUUUGUGGCACCAGGGGAUCUUAUGUGUUUGCUGCACGACGUGGCCGGAGGUCUUGUUCUACAAUUUGGGAAGGGGGACGUGGCACUGGCUCCCUAAAUGCCCGCUGCUUCAGGAGAAAUGGAGCUGCGGAUUUCGCUGGUUUUCCUUUGCUCCGGAUCUGUAUGCUAUGGUUUGAAAACUUCACUGUAAAAAUGUCGUUUUUUGUUUGUGCCUGAAAGAUGUUUGUGGACUUGGCUCAAAUCGUUGUCAUCCAUUUACCAUUUUUUUGCUUUUUUGAGCUGCAGUGAUUCAGCUUUCAGGCAGUUUGGUUCAUGGUGAUUUGUAAUGUAUUAUAAGUUUGGGUGUGCUUUCUUAUCUCAAUGUCUGAAGUUCAGCACAACUAAGAAUCAUUAUUCGGCUGUGGCUAUUAUUUUUUUUUU